CCUCCCCGCCGCCUCGACGCGUCCCUCCCGCGGCCCCUCGGGAAAAAGGGACAGCUGUGCGCGCCACACGCGCGCGCACAGCUGUCCUCGGACCAGGUGCCCACUCGACGUCGACGACUCUUUCGUCUCUCGCUCGCGCCAUACGCACCCGCCGACCUCCUCCGUCCCGAACCCACACGCGUCGCAGGUAACCUCAUGUUCGACGACCCGGUGAUGCUGUUCGAGCUCUCCAACGUCAAGCAGAAGAAACACACGCACUGCGGCGUCCUCGAGUUCACCGCCGAGGAAGGGGUGUGCUACAUCCCGUACUGGAUGAUGCAAAACCUGUUGCUCACCGAGGGGGACGUGGUGAAGCUGCAGUACACCAAGCUGGAGAAGGGCAACUUUGUCAAGCUCCGGCCUCAGACGAAGGAUUUCCUGGACAUAUCCGACCCGAAGGCUGUGCUGGAGAUGACCCUCAGGCGGUACACGUGCCUGACUCUGGACGACACGAUCAUGAUCAACUACAACAAUCGGAGGUACUUUGUCGACAUCGUCGAGCUCAAGCCCGCGGACGCGGUGUGCAUCCUGGACUGCGACCUGAACACCGACUUCGCGCCGCCGCUCGACUACGUGGAGCCCGAGCCCGUGUUCCGCAACCCUAAACCCGUCGUCAACGGCGGGAACAUCCUCGGGAAGGAGAAGGGCGGCGCCAAGCGAAAGGAUGAACCUGCAGAGCCCGAGCCCGCGGCGGAUGAGGGGCCAAAGUUUCUCGCGUUCGCCGGCGGCGGCAACCGCCUCGACGGCAAGAGCUCCCGCCCGGACCUCAAGCCCGUCGAGGUUGACGUGCCGACGACGUCGCUCAACAUCCCGAAGGAUUUCGAGAGGUUCAUCCGCGGGCCCAAGGACGUAUCCGAGAAGAAGGAGGAGGAGGAUGGCGGCGGGACCGGGUUGCCGCGGCGCAAGGCGGGCAAGCUGGUCUUCGGCGGCGCGAGGAAGGCGUCGGCGGAGGGAUCCGGGGGCGGGGCGGCGGCCGUGCCCAAGGAGGAGGAGAAGAAGGAGGAGCCGAAGUUCAAGGCCGUCGUCCAAGCGCCGGCGCACCGACGACCCCGCCCCGACGCCGGCGACGACGGCCGAGAUCCAGCCCGCGCGCGACGACGAUUCGUCCCAACCCCGGGAUCGGAAGGAGGAUGCGCCGGCGGCGGAGAAGGGGAAGGAUCCGGCGGCGGAUCUCGCCGCGCAGAUGCGCGAACGGCGCGAGCGCGCCGCCGCCGCCGCCGCCCCAGCCCCAGCCCCAGCCCCCGGCGCGGCGGACGACGACGACGCCCCGGGGGUAUCCGAUCGCAGGCCCCCGGGCUGGACCCUCGACGCCGACGAGGACCUCGCGGGCAUGGCGGACGAAGACGACGACGACGACGAAACGCCCCGGCCGGCGGCGAACAAGCCGGGGACGGACGAGGACGAGGAAGACGUCGAUCCCCUCGAGGCGUUCAUGGCGGCGAACGACUCCAAACCCGCGAACGUCGGGUUGGCGAGGCCGCCCGUCAAGAGGGACGACGGCGGCGUUAAAGGCGGACGCGCUGUCAAGAAGAUCGGGCUGGUGAGACGGUUCUUCGACGCCGAUUCCGACGGCGGGGACUCGUCGGAGUCCGGCGGCGGCGCGGAUUCGGACACCGACGGGGCCGGCAGCGACGACGACGCGGAGUGGGCUCGGAAGCAGCAGUCGCGGAUGAGCAAGGCGGAUAAGCUCGGCGUCGCCGACCACGACUCCAUCGACUACCCCCCGUUCCGCAAGAACUUUUACAUCGAAUCCUACGAGAUUGCGCGGAUGACCAAGGCGGAGGUGAAGGAGCUUCGCGCCGAGCUGGAGGGGAUCAGGUGCCGGGGCAAGGACGUCCCGCGCCCGAUCAAGACGUGGGCGCAGGCGGGCCUGAGCAACCGCGUCAUGGAGCUCAUCCGCCGCAGCGGCUUCGACAAGCCUAUGCCGAUCCAGUGCCAGGCGCUUCCCGUGAUUAUGUCCGGGCGCGACUGCAUCGGCGUCGCAAAGACGGGAUCCGGCAAGACGCUAUCGUACGUGUUACCCAUGCUGAGGCACGUCAAGGACCAGCGCCCCAUCGAGAGCGGCGACGGCCCGAUCGGCAUGAUCAUGGGCCCGACGCGCGAGUUGGUGACGCAGAUUGGCAAGGAUUGCAAAAAGUUUGGUCGCGCCGCGGGUUUGGUGGCGGUUUCCGUGUACGGCGGGAGCGGCGUCGCGACGCAAAUUGGCGAACUCAAGCGCGGGUGCGAGAUUGUCGCGUGCACCCCGGGGCGAAUGAUCGACGUGCUGACGACGGGCGCCGGUCGAAUCACCAACUUGAGGCGGGUGACGUACAUGGUGCUCGACGAGGCGGAUCGCAUGUUCGACAUGGGCUUUGAGCCGCAGAUCACGCGGAUCAUGAACAACCUUCGGCCGGACAGGCAGACGGUGAUGUUCAGCGCGACGUUUCCGCACGCGAUGGAGGCGCUGGCGCGGAGCGCGCUGACGAACCCGGUGGAGAUUCAGGUGGGCGGCAGGUCGGUGGUCAACUCGGACAUCGAGCAGAUCGUGGAGAUGCGCGCGGAGGAGGACCGGUUCCUCCGAGUGCUCGAGCUCCUCGGAGAAUGGUACGAACGAGGGAAAAUCAUCAUCUUCGUGGCGAGUCAGGACAAGUGCGACCAGGUGUUUCGCGACUUGCUGCGGAGCGGGUACCCGUGCCUGUCUUUGCACGGCGGGAAGGAGCAGAGUGAUCGCGAGUGCACCAUCGCGGAUUUCAAAUCGGACGUGUGCAACAUCCUCGUCGCCACGUCCGUCGCCGCGCGCGGGCUCGACGUGUCAGGGCUCAGGCUCGUCGUCAACUACGACACUCCGAACCACCUGGAGGAUUACGUGCACAGGGUGGGACGAACGGGCCGCGCGGGUAACAAGGGCACCGCCGUCACGUUCAUCUCGCAGGAAGAGGAGAAGUUCGCGCCGGAUCUCGUCAAGGCGAUGACGGACGCCAAGCAACCCGUGCCGAGCGACCUCAGGUUGAUGGCGGAUGAGUACGCCAAGAAGAAGAAGGAGGGAUUGGUGGUGGGCGGCAAGAGCAGCGGGUUCGGCGGGUCCGGGUUCAAGUUCUCGAGGGAGGAGCAGGACGCGGAGCGACGCGCGAAGAAGGCGGCGGCGCUCGCGGCGGGUCUGGAGGUGCAGGCGGAUGACGAAUCCGACUCGGACGACGAGGGUCGAUUCGACGACGACGGGGAACCAAUCUUCCAGAGCGUCGGGCGAUCGGGCGCCGCCGCCGCGGCGGCGGCGACGACCGCGGCGCAGGCCGCCGCGGCCGAGCAGGUGGCUCUACUCAACGCCGCCGCUCGUGCGGCCGCCGCCAAGAUCGGGAGCUCUCUCGGCGUGACCCCUACGGCGGCCCAGGGCCCUACGCAGGCGCAGGUCAACGCGGCGAACAACUCGCAGAUGUCCCUCGCCAUCUCUCAGGCGGCGAACAGCAUGGCGCUGGUCACCGGAGCCACCACCGGAGCCGCGCGAGCCGCCGCGUUCGCCGCCGCGUUGAACGCGCAGCACGCGGCGGCCAGGAGCGGUGUUUUCCAGGCGGACGGGGCGCACUUCGAGUCGGAGCUCGAGAUUAACGACUUCCCGCAGCAGGCGCGCUGGAAGGUGACGCACAAGGACACGCUGGCUCAGAUUUCCGAGUUUACCGGCUCGGCGAUAACCGUCAAGGGACAAUAUUACGCCCCGAACAAGCCCGUGCCACCGGGUGAGCGGAAGUUGUUCCUGCUGAUCGAGGGGCCGAGCGAGCGGUGCAUCAAGACGGCCAAGGGGAAGAUCAAGGAGAUCAUCGAGGAGAUCAUUGCAAAGGAGAGCCUCCCGGGUGGGUUCAACACCGGCAAAUACAAGGUUUAA